CCUCUAUCUUCGUUUUUGCUCUGCAACUAACUUUUCCUCCUAAUUUUUCCUAUACAAAUAUACCCAAUAUGGAUUUUUCCUCAUAAAGGCUCACGGCUCUUGCUGUGACACUUUCUUUGGAUUUACGCAACCAUGGCGUGGAAUUCGCAUAAUACGUGGAAGAACCAUAAACUCUCCAAACCCAACAACGAUGACUCAACUUUCCCUGGCCUGAAGCCUACGGUGACAGAAGCAGCACCCAAGAUAGAAUACGAAGAAUUGCAGCAAAAUGAGUUGUUGGCACUCGAAGCUAUCUAUGGCGAGGACUUUGUCAACCAAAGUAGUGAUGGGCAAAGUGCCUGGAAGAAGACGGAACCUAGCUUCGACAUCCAUAUAAAAGCACCGACCGACAACGACUUCUCAGUUACCUUGGGAUUUGUACUCAAUGCAACAUAUCCCCGGACACCGCCUUUGAUCACCAUCAAAAGCAAAGGAGUGCUUCGCGAGGUCACGCAGUUCAAAGUGCAAACUUUCCUCGAAACACAACCAAAGAUCUUUGCCAAAGACGAACAAGAAAUGGUUGAUCAAAUCGUGGAAGGCGUCCGUGAUAUUCUGGAAGAUGCAGCGUUGACAAAGGCGGCUGGAAAACACUUGCCAUCGCUAGAGGAGGAACGCGAGCGCCACGAGGAAGCCUUAGCUGCACUCGCUCGAGAACAGAAAGAACAAGACGAAAAGAGAAGACUAGAGGAAAGCAAGGAGGAAGAACGCAUGGUUGCCGAGAUGCUCCAGCAGCAAAUUGAUCGACAACGUCAAAAGGCCAAAGAGUCGCGACAAGGCAAAAACACGACUGGAACUGCACAAGCAAAAUUGGCCCAUAAUAGUGAACAGUCUAUGGAGAAAAUCGAGUUCGAUCAGAUGUGCACUAUAGUAGAUGGAGAUGGUAACGAAGUUGCUUUCAGAUCCGUCGCUGGCAAAUGCGAGCCCAGAGAGGGUCAGGUUGCCGUCGUGUUUUCUGUCCGGCCAGUCCUUGGACCUGCGCUUUGCAAUAAAACGCUGGCUUUGAAAGAGUCCACGUUGAAAGCAACUGGAAAAGAUGCAAAAGAUUUCAAGAAGCUCCUCCAGUCUCUCGAAUCUCGUCUGCAAGAUCUGAAAGUAUCGAAGAAGGUACAUCACAGACAUAUCGUAGAUGUGCUUGACUUCAAAGUUGAAGCUGGGACUCCUAUGGACCUUAGCGCGGCAAAUACCUGGACUGUUCGAGUAUUAAGUCCUUUAUCUGAUAAAGGUUCGCUGGAAGAGUUGCUUGAACUUGCUGGUCAGAUUGAAAUAAGCAAGGUUCGCUCUUGGACACGAGACCUGCUCGAUGCCUUGAACUUUUUACAUAACAAGAACAUUGCUCACCAGGACUUUCAUGCCGGAAACGUUUUAUUAUUCCGCGAAUCCACCGGCGAAAUCGUGCCUAAGAUAUCUGAUGCCUGGUAUCAACGAGAGUUGCACAAUUUGAGUGCUCAAAAGCAGACCCUGCCCGGCAUAAACUCUGCCAAGUCGGCGUAUUGGCUACCGCCAGAAAUUGCUGGCCUCUCGAAACCUCAAUAUACCUACAAGACGGAUAUUUGGGAAUUUGGUAUCGUUUUCUUGCAGAUGAUCUUCGGCUUAGAUGUCCUAAGAAGAUACGCCUCUCCAAAGAAUCUGAUGGAGUCGUUGUCCCUGUCACAGCCGCUGUUGGAGCUAGUUGGCAGAUUUUUCAAAGAGGACAAACAAAAGCGACCAAGGGCCUUCGAGCUGGGCUCAAGUGAGUUUCUUGCUACUGAUGCACCGGUUCUGUUUGAGGAUACUUCUGCGGUGUUGUCAACUGUUCCAUCAGUUACCUCGCUUCAAUCUCCAGCCGUUCGAUUGCGAAGAGAUUCUAACAUGAGAGGUACAGUAGUCUCUCGUUAUACAGAAGACUUCGUUGAAGAGGGACGACUCGGCAAAGGUGGCUUUGGUGAGGUUGUCAAAGCUCGCAAAAAGCUUGAUGGCCAGAUCUAUGCGAUUAAAAAGAUCACUCAACGCUCUCAUGCAAGUCUUACCGAAAUAUUGAAGGAAGUGCGGCUUUUGUCACAGCUCAGUCAUCCAGCUGUCGUUCGGUAUUAUAACACCUGGGUAGAGGAAGUUCCGAUCCUCACCGAUACAGAAGGCGAAACCUCUACUGAAGACUAUACGGAGGAAACUAGGGACACGAGUUCUGCGGGCAUCGAUAUUCAAUUCGCUACCAGCACUGGCGGUCUUGAUUUCAUGUCAUCUAAUGCUCCAAUUGAGUUUGGAUAUGAUUCUGAGGAUGAUGAGGCUGAUUCCGAAUCAGAAUCAGAUGAUGAUAGCUCCUUUGGAGACGAUGAUAUCGUUCCAGGUGUGGUGAUAUCUCCCGGAAAAGGACGCCAUUUGAAUCUAGCCCGCCGAGCGAGAUUUCAACGACCAUAUCGCACUGUGCUAUAUAUCUCUAUGGAAUAUUGCGAAAAACGAACACUUCGUGAUCUUAUAUCGCGAAACUUAUAUCAGAAUACUCCGGAGAUUUGGCGGCUGUUCCGACAAAUCCUCGAAGGACUAGCUCAUAUCCACAGUCUGAGCAUUGUUCAUCGAGACUUGAAGCCAGAAAACAUCUUCAUAAGUAGCAGUGCCGACGGGGUCGACAAUGUCAAAAUUGGUGACUUCGGACUAGCCACGAGCGGUCAAUUUUCUUUGGACAAGGUUCCAGGAAAUAUCAUGGAUACUGAUGAUAUGACCCGUAGCAUUGGAACGGCCUACUAUUCUGCCCCAGAAGUGCGUUCUGCUGCCCACGGCAUGUAUAGCACCAAGGUUGAUAUGUAUUCUCUGGGUAUCAUAUUUUUCGAAAUGUGCUAUCUUCCGAUGAUCGGAAUGCAAAAAGCCGAUGUCAUUGGCAAGUUGCGACAUACAAAACCAAUUCUUCCAAACGAUUUCAAACCAGCUGAAAAGUCGCAGACAGAUAUUGUCCUGUCACUCAUUCAACAUAAUCCGAAAGACAGACCAUACAGUGCAGAUCUGUUGAAGAGCGGAAAACUUCCUGUCCAAAUGGAGAGUGAGACAAUUCGCAGAACCCUAGCAGGACUUGCAGAUCCCGCAUCACCCUAUUACGGGAAAAUGUUAUCGACACUGUUCGCACAGCCUGUAGAGGCCACCAAGGACUAUGCGUGGGAUAUGUUCGGAGCCAAUGCAACGUCGACUGAGCUAAUGUAUCGCACGUUUGUCAAAGAUGAAUUGACGGCCAUUUUCCGUCGCCAUGGUGCGGUAGAAACCACGCGGAGCUUCAUCUACCCUCGAUCUACUCACUAUGGGGACAAUGUGUUCCGUCUUCUUGACGCGAAUGGCACAGCACUUCAGUUGCCAUUUGAUCUCACACUGGGUCAUGCAAGGGCGCUGGCCAAGAACACACAGGGUCCUAUUAUUCCGCGAACGUUCAGCUUUGGCAGCGUGUUCCGAGACAAACAGGAUACUGGACAGCCCCAGAUGUUUGGCGAAGUUGACUUCGACAUCGUAAGCACCGACACACUUGAUCUUGCCCUGAAAGAAGCCGAAGUCCUCAAAGUAUUGGAUGAGAUUAUCAACGCAUUUCCAUCGCUGACGGUCACGCCUAUGUGCUUCCACGUUGGCCAUUCUGAUCUGCUCAACCUGAUCUACGAAUAUUGUGGAAUUGAGACAGCCUGCAGAAGAGCAGCUUCUGAUGUUCUCAGCAAGCUUAAUAUCCAUAAUCAUACUUGGCAGAAGAUUAGGAUGGAACUUCGGUCGCCAACAGUUGGUAUUUCGCAAACUAGCGUUGAUGAGCUGCAGCAGUUCGAUUUCCGAGAUACUCCAAACAAGGCUUUUGCAAGACUGAAAAAGAUUUUUGAGGGUACUGACAUGUACCAGCGAGCAGCACCCACUAUUGCCCACUUGAAGGAAGUUGCUGAGUAUGUAAAGCGAUUUGGCGUCUCGACAAAGCUGUACAUCAACCCACUCAACAGUUUGAAAGAGAGUUUCUACGUUGGAGGAAUCUUGUUUUCCUGCCUUUACGUGAAGAAAGUCAAAGAUAUCUUUGCCGCGGGAGGGCGCUAUGAUUCUCUUAUUAAAGAACAACGACCUAAGAUCGGCGGGAAUGUCGAUGAGAAACAUGCGGUUGGCUUCAGUCUCGCCUGGGAGCGUUUGGCCCGAAUUCCCAAGGCGUCUAGCAAAGCCUUUUUGAAGAAAGCUGAAGACGAUCCACUUGUCCAGCCAACCAGAAGGUGUGACAUCCUCGUGGCGAGUUUUGAUAGUGCCUUGCUACGCUCACAGGGAGUUGAGAUUUUACAGUUGUUGUGGUCUCAUGAUAUAAGUGCCGAACUUGCUCGAGAUAGUCGAUCUCCCGAAGAUCUGACGCAGAAAUAUCGAGAUGAAAACCACCACUGGUUUGUUAUUAUCAAGCCAGAGUCUAUACUCAAGAUCAAAACUGUCGGCAACAAAGAUGUCGCAGAUGUGGAUAUACCUCUUUCACAGCUUCUAUCUUGGCUCCGGCCACAAAUCCGGGAGAGGGAAGGCAAGCUGUUGAGCAAGUUGCGUGCAAGUGGCACUCACUCAGAUACUGGCAGCUCUGCGCCUGGCGGCAAAGAAUCUGACUCUGAUGUGAAGAUCCUGGUAGCAGGGACAAAGAGCAAGAAAUUCAAUAAGCGAACGGUUGUUGCACAAGCUGUAGCAAAUGCGUCGUCACUCGUCAAGGGCUUCCUGGAUGGCCCCAUCCUGGCUGUUGAGACUUCAGACAUUGUUAUGGACCUGAUUCGGGAUACCUUUUUAUCGGACCAUGAAAGCUGGAAGAAAGCAGAACAGGCUGUGAAUAAUUCAGAGAAGAAGUACGUGCGCGAGAUUCAUGAUGAGUUGGAUACUUGGCGGCACACCUAUGAGAAGAAGGGAGGCACGCGACACUCCUUCUUGUACAAUUUCAGGACAGGGACGUGUCUAUACUACGAUUUGAGCCGAUGAUUGGAACUGUAGGGGGUUUUUAUAUAAAAAUGAUAUAGAAAAGAUGAUAGAUGAAUGAUGAAUUGAGAACGAUGCUGUUAGUGUAGUAAGUUAGCUUGUUAAGUGAGUGUAUGUUGAGCUAUUGUCUUGGCCCAGCGGAGAUGCUCGACAGAAUCAGCCAAGUGUAUACAAGCAAAGGCAUAAACUGCGCAAAUUGCAACGCCAUAUAAUUUCCCCGAAUCUU